UGCCACAGGUGGAACCACUAAAAAAAAAAUAUAUAUAUAUAUAUCCCCACCCCAAAGCUAGUCUUUAAGAUUCUGUUUGAGCCACGCCCCCAGGGUGGAGCUGGAAUUUUACCUUUGUACUUCGUGUAGGUCAGGGUUAGUGGUGACUGGCUGGGUGGGUCUGGAGCUGGCUGCCAUCCUGACACGUCUCAGAGCUGCAAGCAGAUCCUGCUGGACAGCCGCCAUGGCCUCUCAGCUUCUCAGGCUGGAAGAGUCUGGGCCAAACCCUGGGGAGUCUGAACUGGCGGGGAACCCCUUUGACGGGCUCCCCUUCUCCUCCCGCUACUAUGAGCUGCUUGAGCAGCGCCGAGCCUUGCCUGUCUGGGCUGCUCGCUUUAUCUUCUUGGAGCAGUUGGAGAGUAGCCCCAGUGGCGUGGUGCUGGUGUCUGGAGAGCCUGGCUCUGGCAAGAGCACUCAGAUCCCACAAUGGUGUGCAGAGUUUGUGCUGGCCAGGGGGUUCCAGAAGGGCCGUGUAACGGUGACUCAGCCCUACCCUCUGGCAGCCCGGAGCUUGGCCCUGCGAGUUGCUGAUGAGAUGGACCUGACCCUGGGUCACGAGGUUGGCUACAGCAUUCCCCAGGAGGACUGCACUGGGCCCGACACCCUGCUCAGGUUCUGCUGGGACAGGCUGCUUCUGCAGGAGGUGGCCUCGACCCGGGGCACUGGAGCCUGGGGUGUGCUGGUGCUGGAUGAGGCUCAGGAGCGGUCAGUGGCCUCGGAUUUGCUCCAGGGGCUCCUGCGUGAUGCCAGGCUGGGAAACCUUCCAGGGGAUGCCAGAGUGGUUGUGAUUACUGACCCAGCCUUUGAACCUAAGCUCCAGGCCUUCUGGGGCAAUCCUCCUAUUGUGCAUGUACCCAGAGAGCCCGGCAGGUGGCCCAUUCCCGUCUACAGGGACACUGUCCCUACUGAUCGAGUGGAAGCUGCCUGUCAAGCUGUGCUUAAAUUGUGUCAGAAGGAGGCUCCAGGAGAUGUGUUAGUGUACCUGCCCAGUGAGGAGGAAAUUUCCCUCUGCUGUGAGUCCUUGUCCAGAGAGGUGGGGUCCUUGGAGAACCAAGGGCCUCCACCACGGGUGCUGCCCCUUCACCCAGGCCGUGGACAAGCUGUUCAGGCUGUAUAUGAGGACACAGACUCAGGCGCCCGAAAAGUUGUGGUCACUCACUGGCUGGCUGACUUCUCUUUCUCCCUCCCUUCUGUCCGACACGUCAUUGACUCCGGACUGGAGCUUCGAAGUGUUUACAAUCCUCAGAUCCGAGCAGAAUCCCAAGUAUUGAGACCAAUCAGCAAGUGUCAGGCAGAGGCAAGACGACUGAGGGCAACAGGGGUCCCUCCAGGAUCCUGCCUCUGCCUGUAUCCUAAGUCCUUCCUCGAACUGGAGGCUCCCCCACUGCCCCAACCCAGAGUGUGUGAGGAGAAUCUGAGCCCCCUGGUAUUACUACUAAAGAGGAGACAGAUUGCAGAGCCUGGGAAGUGUGACUUCCUGGACCGGCCUGCUCCAGAAGCGCUUAUGCAGGCCCUGGAAGACUUAGACUAUCUGGCCGCCCUGGAUGAUGAUGGAGACCUGUCAGACCUGGGAAUCAUCCUAUCAGAAUUCCCCUUGGCCCCUGAACUGGCCAAAGCCCUCCUGGCCUCAUGCGAGUUUAACUGUGUGGAUGAAAUGCUGACCUUGGCCGCCAUGCUCACUGCUGCCCCUGGGUUUACUCGUCCUCCACUCUGUGCAGAAGAAGCUGCCCUGCGUCGGGCUCUGGAACACGUGGAUGGUGAUCACAGCUCUCUGAUCCAGGUGUAUGAAGCCUUUAUACAGAGUGGAGCAGAUGAGGCUUGGUGCCAGGCUCGGGGUCUAAACUGGGCAGCAUUGUGCCAAGCCUGUAAACUUCGGGGAGAACUCCUAGAACUCAUGCAACGGAUUGAGCUUCCCUUGUCCCCACCUGCCUUUGGCUCUGAGCAGAAUCGUAGAGACCUUCAGAAAGCACUGGUGUCGGGAUAUUUCCUUAAGGUGGCCCGAGACACAGACGGGACUGGAAAUUACCUGCUUCUAACCCAUAAGCAUGUGGCCCAGCUGUCUCCAUACUGCUGCUACCGAAACCGCAGGGCUCCUGCCAGACCCCCACCGUGGGUGCUUUACCACAAUUUCUCCAUUUCCAAAGACAACUGCCUUUCCAUUGUUUCUGAGAUCCAACCAGAGAUGCUGGUGGAAUUGGCCCCUCCAUACUUCCUAAGCAACUUGCCCCCGAGUGAGAGCAGAGACCUCCUGAACCAGCUAAGGGAAGAAAUGGCAGAUUCUUCAAUGGGGAGUGACUCUUCCUCCACCCAAGAGCUUGGACAUGCCUGUGUCCUGCAGUGACCUGCCUACGGAGUGAAGCCGAGCUCAUCUCAUCGCAUUAGGUCCUCCCUCAGGCUAGCACCUAGGCAGCCAGCCAGAUUUAAAGGCCCAAGGUUGAGGGUCAAAUGUAAAUACUGGAACCUGUGUCCCGAGAAAUGGUGGGCUGGGGAGAUCCCACUGUGGCGCAGUGGGAUCAGCAGCACCUCUGGAGCACUGGGAUACAGCAGGUUCAAUCCCCGGCCCAGCACAGUGGAUUAAGGAUCCAGCAUUGCCACGGCU